ACAACAACAAAGUUAGCGAAAAAGAUGUCAGGACUACCAAGAGAAGUUUUGAAGUGGAUUCAGAGUCUUGACUUAACUUGGCAAAUAAAAACUGCAAAAUGGGAUGUUACAAAUGGUUACUUAAUAGCUGAAAUUUUCUCUUGGUACUUUCCACAAGACAUACAGAUGCACUCUUACAAUAAUGGGACAUCACUGGAUUCUAAACAGAAGAACUGGUAUCUAUUAAAACUUUUCAUAAAAAGACACUCUUUAGACAUACCAGAGGAAUAUAUAGAUGGCACUAUUCAUUGUAAGGAGGGAGCAGCUGCCAUGUUGUUAGAAAUAAUUUAUGAAUUGUUAACCAACAGGAAAGUAAAGAAAACUCAGACAGAAGAACCAGAUUUUACAGACAAACUUUAUCAAGAAAAACUUCCAAUGCAUGCUAGAUCAACAGCAUCAAAAGCAGUAAAAAAUAACCUAAGAAUUACAGAAAUCAUGGCCGAUCAAAACCUUAUACUUGGUGCUCAAAAGUCCCAGAAAAUUAUAAAUGACCAUAUAGAGCACAGACGACAAGAGAGAUACCAGAAUCCAGACCGAUUCCAGGUAAAACCAACACUCGGUGAACUAUGUGUACGGAGACCACCACCACAACCAACUCAGCCAACAUUUGAAGACAGUACCAUGGGGGAAUCUGCUGCUGUUCCUAGUCAAGCUAAUCCUGAAGAUUUACAAAGCAUGUCAAGAGAACCAAGUGUACAAUUUAAAGAAAUUGAAGUCAAUCAGAUGGACAAAUCAGCUCUUUACAAUAUGCCUAUUCAGGGCUACUAAAAUAAUAAACCCAAUCAAAAUACUAAAAAUACAUAAUCAGGACUUCUUUAGUCCUCCUUAACUGACAAUGAUGUGAGCACCAUGCUAAUAGUUUUAUUAAAAAUUAAUAUAUGCUGUGUUCUAUGGGAAUGUUUUUGGUGUCAGUAUUGCUUACAUUUUGCAUACAAUGAUAAGCUGAUGGGAAGUGUUUAAGAUACUCCUUCUAAAAUAUGCAUACACAAUUUCAAACAGAGCAGAUUCUUCUAUUUUGAAAAUUUAAAGCAUGUUAAAGUUUAUCAUACAUGAAGUUUUCUGUUGUCGAAGGUAACAUUUGCUAUCCAUUCAUUUUAAUGUGUUGUGCUAUGAUGUACUUCAAGGUACUCCAGUCGUUAUGAAACACCAAAAUUCUUUUGCAAUUUUCAACCUGGACAUUAUGUCCAAUGAAAUGCAUAGAAUUAAUGAAAAGGUUAAUUCUUUAUUAUUCUCUCCAGAGAGUUAUUACAAUACUGCUGAACUCAACUCUAAAAUUUUCAUUUGAGACUAGUUAUUCAACCUUUUUGGUAGGUAGAUAUACAAUGAGGAACAAUGGUUGGAAAUAGAUAUUAUAAUAGAAAUAGAUGUCCUAUGCAGUUUUUGUGUUGUUGUCUCAAUGGCAUAUAUUUUUUGCCACCUUUAAUUCAUUAAACUGCAUAUUGCAUUGGAUUUCAUCUUUUUAAUCAAGUAUGGUAAGAAUUUAUGCCGAAAGAAAAGAGAUCUUUUGAAAUUAAUAUCUUAUAUUUCUGGAAAAUUAACAGCAAAUAUCUGUUUCUACUCAUUCACUUUAUUGCAUUGAACCAAUACUUCUUCCUGGGAAGGUUGAUACCUGGUAUUAAAUUAUAUUUUUGGAUUUUACAUUCCAUUUUUAUAUGCCCGUCAAUUUUUGACGGGACGUAUUAUGGUAUACAAAUGUCCGAUGUCCGUCCAUCCAUCCGUCUGUCUGUCCCACAUAAACAUGUCGCACCUUUUCUUGAUAAUGACUUAUCCAAAUUUCAUGAAACUUAACAUAGUUGUUUCUUAUGAUGGUCAAACAACCUGUAUACUUUUUGGUGAAAAUAAGAUUAAAACUUUUUGAGUUACGGAACUUAGUAACUAAAACAGGUGUGUGUUUUUUUUUCACAUGUCGCAACAUAUCUCAAAAACAAUUUAUGAUUAUUGCUUAAAACUUUACACACUUCUUAGUUAUAUUAAUCUUAAGAUCUGUAUACUUUUUGGUGAUGAUUCAAAAUUUUAUUUUAGAGAUAUUGAGUAUUUUGUUAAAAAAGGGGGAGGGGUUUUUCACAUGUCGCGCAGUAUCUCAAAAACAGUUUAUUAUUAUUGCUUAAAACUUUACACACUUCUUUGUUAUAUUGACCUUAAAAUCUGUAUACUUUUUGGUGAUGAUUCAAAAUUGUAUUUUUGAGUUAUUGAGUAUUUUGUAAAAAAAGGGGGAGGGGUUUUUCACAUGUCGCGCUGUAUCUCAAAAACGAUUUAUGAUUAUUGCUUAAAAUUUUACACACUUCUUAGUUAUAUUAAUCUAAAGAUCUGUAUACUUUUUGGUUUUGAUUCAAAAUUUUAUUUUUGAGAUAUUGAUUUUUUUUUUUUAAAGGGGGGUUUUCACAUGUUGCGCUGUAUCUCAAAAACGAUUUAUGAUUAUUGCUUAAAAUUUUACACACUUCUCAGUUAUAUUAAUCUUAAGAUCUGUAUACUUUUUGGUUUUGAUUCAAAAUUUUGUUUUUGAGAUAUUGAUUUUUUUUUUAAAAGGGGGGUUUUCACAUGUCGCGUCGUAUCUCAAAAACGAUUUAUAAUUAUUGCUUAAAAUUUUACACACUUCUUAGUUAUAUUAAUCUUAAGAUCUGUAUACUUUUUGGUUUUGAUUCAAAAUUUUAUUUUAGAGAUAUUGAGUUUUUUGUAAAAAAAAAAGGGGGGUUUUCGCAUGUCACGCCGUAUGUCAGAAACUAUUUAUGCUUAUUGCAUAAAAAUUCACACACAAGACGACGGGUCGUAUCAUGCGCUCAUGGCGCAGCUGUUUAUUGGACAUGGUCAUGUUUUACAAAUAUAGGUGGUGGAAAACAGAAUUCAUUGACUCUUUUGGAUAAAAGCCAAAAAAAUCUUGAGUAUUGACAACUGCUUUGUUAUUUUAUUUAAAAUUUUAAGAUUGUAUGUUAUAUAGCCUAAUAUAUUCGUCAUUUUAUGUACAUAUUUUUACAUUUUUAUGAUCAUUUCAUGGAAAAUAAAAAAUAAAAUGUU